GAGGUUGGCUUAAGGGUAAAAGAUAUAGGAGUUGUGUUAAGAUUUGGCAUAAUACAUUGAUUUGUUUCUUAAAAACAACACUGCAAUGUCUGCCAUAUUUCUGCUUGUUGGAAUGCUAUCGUCCAUUACAGUUGCACAAUCCAUAGGAGUUUGCUAUGGAGUGAUUGGUGAUAAUCUACCAUCAAGGCAAGAAGUUGUGGACUUAUAUAAAACAAAUGGCAUUGGUAGAAUGCGUAUAUACUACCCAGAUGAAGAAGCACUCCAAGCCCUUAGAGGUUCAGGCAUUGAGUUGAUUAUGGACGUGGCUAAGGAAACCCUUCAAUCAUUGACAGACUCCAAUGCUGCUACAGAUUGGGUCAAUAAAUAUGUUACACCUUACUCGCAAGACGUCAAUUUCAAGUACAUCGCUGUUGGAAAUGAAAUUCAUCCCAAUACCAAUGAGGCACAAUAUAUUCUAUCUGCCAUGACCAACAUUCAGAAUGCAAUUUCAUCAGCAAAUUUACAAAUUAAGGUGUCAACAGCUAUAGACUCUACUUUGAUUACUAACUCUUACCCUCCCAAUGAUGGCGUUUUCACUAGCGAUGCGGAGCCAUACAUAAAACCCAUAAUCAACUUCCUAGUGAGCAAUGGGGCCCCACUUCUUGCCAACGUGUACCCUUACUUUGCUUAUGCAAAUGAUCAAAGCAUUCCUCUUGCCUAUGCUCUUUUUACCCAACAAGGAAACAACGACGUUGGGUACCAAAACCUCUUUGAUGCUAUGUUGGAUUCAAUAUAUGCUGCUUUGGAGAAAGUGGGAGCGUCCAAUUUGCAGAUAGUGGUUUCUGAGAGUGGGUGGCCAUCUGAAGGUGGAGCUGGAGCCUCAAUUGAUAAUGCAGGCACUUACUAUGCUAAUUUGAUUCGUCAUGCCUCGAGUGGGAAUGGAACUCCAAAGAGGCCUGGUGAGUCUAUAGAGACUUACUUGUUCGCCAUGUUUGACGAAAACCAGAAGCAAGGUGCUGAUACUGAGCGUCAUUUUGGUCUCUUCAAUCCUGAUAAAUCACCUAAAUACCAACUUAGUUUCAACUAAUUGAAACUAACAGAAAUAUAUAUAUAUAUAUGCUCCUAUAUCUAUUUACUUUGAAUAAGUGUGUCAAGUAUAUAUGCACAUCUGUAAAACGCUUAUUUAUGCCCUAAAUGACAAAUAUAUAAGAAGUGUCAUAAUUUAGUUUGUGAUAUUUUUUUUUACUUACUUUGUUUAAAUAAAUACAAACCAAAUUUCUGUUGGA